UACGGUUUGUUGUCAUUCGUUUGAGCCGCUGCUAGCGUUUGGUGCAGCUAUUAGCGGCUAGUUUUGCUAUUUUUUCUGUGAACCUGUUUGUACCAUCAGCUUAAAAUGAACUCAAAGACAAACGGAAAAAAGAACGAAGAUUUUCAGUUUCUUGAACAAGUUUUAGAUAAGUUUUAUGACUUUGGUAAUGGACCAGCAUCAAAAAAGAAGCUCAAGUCUCAGGAGAAAAAAAAACGAAAACAAUGUGAGGAAGAAGAGGAAGAGUUCACUACAGUCAAGGAUGUUUGCAGUGACACUGACGACUAUAGAUCAGCAUGUACUAGUGCUGACCACCAGCAGCAACAACCACAGACUGAGCCAACAGGUCCAACCUUCCAGCAGAUGAAGCAGGUGGAGGUAGUGACAUUUCAAGACCCCAGAAAGAAACUGAAGACCAAGCAGACACCAGCCACAGACAAAAUACCUGCUCUUCAGAUAACGGAGGAUAAGCAAAGUGACCAGUUGGAAGAACUCAAUUUUGAAAAGGCUCGUCUGGAGGUCCAUCGGUUUGGAAUCACAGGCUAUAAGAAGGAGCAGCAGCGGGUUUUUGAGCAGGACCGAGCGGUCAUGCUCGGAGCCAGACCUCCUAAGAAGGACUAUGUCAACUACAAGGUGCUACAGCAGCAGGUCAAAGAAAAGAAGCAGAAAGCAAAGGAGGAGGUUCAGCCGGAGCUGAAGAAAAAGAAGAAGCAGAAUAAUCAGAGGGACAAGAAGAAGGUGUCCUCUGGUUCUGGUUCAGCCCCUACAGGUCAGGUGGGGCGCUUCAAGAACGGCAUGCUGUUCCUGAGCUCCAAGGAGAUCCAGAAAAUCAAAGGCAAAAAGGGAGGCAAAUAGGUGAAUGAUUAAAUCCUCCAUGGUGGGAAAAUAUCAGUACACCAGAGGAACAACGGGCAACUCACUGCAGGACUGUUUGGAGCCAAGCAUACGGUGAAGAGGAAAUGAGCGAGAGCUGAUUACGAUGUGACCUGUGAGGCUGAUUCCUUGACAGCACGUGACCGGCCUGCAGUGAAAUACGGGACAGUGUUACAGGCGAUCGACUGCUGAGUCAGAAAUCCAAUUUAUCGAUCUCCAAAAUGGAACCUGAACGUCCACUGCGGCAGCACAAUAAUGCAUGAAACUGGAGAGUCUGUUGAAUCAUAUUCCAUCACAAUUAAUUUAUUUUGUUUUAUAAAUGACCAAAAAAAAAAAAGAAGACAUUUGCGUUUCUGUUUUUUUUUUUUUACACUGUAAAGGUUUUAAAAUUAAGCAGUUACAAUGCGUUUCUCAUAUACAAACCAUGUAGUCGUACAAAACAUUUACAUUGGCGGGAAGAGAGGGGAUCAUAACAGGACGUAUGGCCGGGGUAAAUAUUAAAAAACCAAUGUACACACAAGUAAAGUCCUGGCAGAAGUUUCCAUGAAGAAACACACAUAUAAACACUUUGAAUGGACCAUGAGGAAGCAGAAUGGUCUCGCCAGUGCCCUAUUUCUCCCUUAUUAAAACCUUAUGUACAGGACUUCUCGAAAGCCUCAGGAAGCUGUGCUCUAGAUGUAAACAUUUAAGUCUUUACAGAAACCAGUUCGUUACAUUUUGUUAAAGGGAAAUCAUAAAUGUCGAUGGAUAAUGGCGAUGAUGAAAAACGUGUGAUCUGGCAGUGUGCGGCUGGGUGAGGUCACAACUUCUCACACCGUUUCCAUGAAGUAGCUUCUUGUGUUAUUUAUAUGUUUCAAAAGAGAAGAGGGUGAGGAAAUAGGAAGCUUAUCUGCAGCACAUCACACGUUUCAAGCUGUAAGCAAAACCAGUUUAAUAGAUUUUUUAGCCAGCAAGCCUUUGUUUUUUCAACCUGCAAGCCUUGGCAAUCAACCACAGACAAUGUGUAUAAUCAGUAGCCAUUCAACUGUUAUACUGAACAAAUUGAGGAGGGCAUUAUACAAAAGAAAAUAAAAAUGUAACUAAUUAUAUUUACAUACUUUAUAGAGUAGAUGUUUUUUUUUCCUCUGCUGUUUUUUUUUUAAGUUAAAUAGCUGACUAACUUAAACAGCAGUGACAUGCUUUUUUCCCAGCACCAUAUGUUGAAGUUAAAUUAGUAAACUAUGUCACAUUCAUGGGUGGGUAAGUGUGGGGUAAAGGGACAUGCCAUAUAAUACAUCUGGACAGGAGUGACUACAAGUGAAUUAUUUUAAAUAUGUGGUUUUUGUCUGUAUCUGUCAAAUAAAGCAUUGUUUUCAUAUGAAUUUUAGAAAGGAAAAGAAAAGGUGGAACCCCAUUUUACCUGAUAAAUACUCUGACUUCCUAAACCUCUGCAACUCUGAAUCUAAGUGCCUUAGUAUAAGCUUUUAUUCCCUCCGGUCCAGAUUUCCUGUGUGCCAUUUUGACAUUGACACAGCCUGCAGACAUGUAACCCCAACUCAUACAGACUUGCAGAAGGAGAAAAAAAUUAUUCCCCUGAUGCCAUGAUAGACGUCUCACUUCGCUCGUGGGCCUAAAAUCUAUUUCUGGUUACAGCAAAAUCAACCUCGGGGCAGGUUUCUCCUCUGGUGUGGGAGGUGGGAGGACGGUCAGAGGGGAACGCUGCGUAUAGUUGAGCUGAGGAGCCAGAAAGCCUCACAUUGAUGCAAAUGUAGCCCUGAGGUGGGAGCUGGCAGUCUGGCACAUGUCAGAAAAAAAUCCCCUUUGGCAGAGAGUUAGAUGUGGUUUCUGGGUCGGGAGAAACUCACUCACUUUUACACUAAUGCUGCGUUCAUGUCAUAUGAAAAGAUCGUAAAUAUAAGUUUGCUGUUAGGAGACAGAAAAACUCUUUGUCUUCAGUGAUUCAACGUCUUGACCUGCAGUCAAGCACGGAGGGUGUUAUUGUAGGUGGCAGACCAUAUGAGUGCAUGCCACUUGAAAUUCAAAUAUAAUGAUAAUAUGAUAAUGAUUUUUUUUUUGGCUGGAGACAAAGCUGUAGAAACAACACUGUCAUAUUAUCACCUUUUAAGUUUAUUUGGUAAUAAUAUUGCGUAUUUACACAUCAAGCAGACAAGUAGAAACAUUAAUAUUUAUUUGGAGUUGUGUUUUUGUCCACCAGGUUAAUAUUCACUCCCAUUUUAGCUGCUUUUUUUGGUCUCCACGAAAUCCUGAGGGAAAUACUUGGCUCCUUAGCUGCUAAAUGCUCCACUUUCAUUAGCUAACUGUUGUUAACUGUCUCUCUAGUGUUCGGUGUUGGAGAAGUUGCUUUCACUGGGGUUUUUAGAGCUUUUUUGCUGAAAAUGGCUGCCUGCCAUCCAAAACAGUAAAGUUGCCAGUCUGAAAACCAAAACAAUGAGCUAAAGGAUGCUAAAACGCUCGGUAGAGCAGAGACGAACUGCAGAGUCGGAUGAUAAGUCUGUGAAUUCUGCAGCAACUUCUGUUACAUUACACCAAGUCAUUUGAAAAAUGAAAUUGAUUAUGGCCACAUUUCCCACUUAAUUUGAACUUACUGCAGACAGACUUAAAUGAUAAUGAAUAUACCUACAGUUUGCUAUUCUAGGAUGUAAGUGUCAUCGAUUUCACAUUCUAGGUAACAGCUAUGAUUCAUAAAUAAAUAUAUAAUCCCAUCCCCCAUCUCCCGAAAAGGCUCAAUCCUUAUUCUUCAGUACUUCAUUCAUCAAAUAGAAGAAACCACAAAUGGUAAGAAAAACAACAACAAAUGUACAGAUAUUUCCUUAGUUUACUACUCUAGAACUCUACUCAUAACUAAAUUAUUUUAAAAUAGUUGUUGUAUUGAAAAUAGACCUCAAUAAUUCCAGUAAUAAAUACCUUUUGUAGCUUACUGUUGUUCUGUAUCAUUGUUAAGUCAUAUGGUAUAUUCAAAGUUUUUUGUGAACUGUGAAUUUUACAGAAUAAAGGUGUGAUAAGUAAGAUAUAAUUAUAAUAAUCAGAAUAAUUUAUCAACAUAAAAACUUUUAAACAUGUAAAUGACUGCUAUUUUAUGUCCCUGAUUAAAUGUUUGAAUAUUAUGAGAUAGUUGACACAAAAUGUUUGCUGACAUUAAAAAACAUUAAAAAAAAAAAAA